AGAGAGAGAGAGAGAGAGAGAGAGAGAGAGAGAGAGAGAGAGAGAGAGAGAGAGAGAUUUGGAUGGGACAGCCUUCCUUUUAGCCUUCAUCUCAGACUGUCUUCACCAGCAUGGAUGUUUUGACAGAUCAAGACGUGCAAAAGUUCCGGGCCGAGGGCUACCUGGUUCUGGACGGCCUCCUGUCCUCGGAGGAGUGUGACUCUCUGCGGGUCCGUAUGAGCGAGAUCAUCGAGCGGAUGGACGUUCCCGAACACUGCAGGACGCAGUUCUCCACCGACCACGACGAGCAGCUGAAAACACAGAUGCAGGGAAACGCUGACUAUUUCAUCACCAGCGGAGACAAGAUCCGUUUCUUCUUCGAGAAAGGAGUGUUCGACGAUAAAGGAGAGUUCAUUGUGCCGAGAGAACAAUCUUUGAAUAAAAUCGGACAUGCUCUGCACGCUCACGAGCCGCUGUUUAAAGCAGUCACCCACUCAGACAAAGUUCAAGAUCUGGGGAAGAAACUCGGUCUGAUAAACCCUGUGAUUCUGCAGAGUAUGUACAUCUUUAAGCAACCAGGGAUUGGCGGAGAAGUGACCCCUCACCAGGACGCCACCUUCCUCUACACGCAGCCCCUGGGGAGAGUGACGGGCGUGUGGAUGGCCCUGGAGGACGCCUCGCUGGAGAACGGCUGCCUGUGGUUCAUCCCGGGGUCACACAGCGAUGGGAUUACCAGGCGGAUGGUGCGGACACCUAAAGGCACGUUUCCUCUCACUGAUUUCAUCGGGCGAGAGAAGAAUUACGACGACAAGCUCUUUGUUCCCGCCCCUGUCAAAAAAGGAGGAGCGGUCCUGAUCCACGGUGAGGUGGUCCACCGCAGCGCUGCAAACACGUCCGCCGCCUCCCGCCACGUUUACACCUUUCACAUCAUGGAGUCUGAAAACACCGUUUGGAGUCCCGAGAACUGGCUACAACCGACAGAAGAGCUGCCCUUCCCGCCGCUCUACACCUAAACACCAGCAUAGAGCUUUGGAAAUGAACCAAAGAAAGGAAACCAUUUUGAAUCCUCUGUAUAGUUUAUCCACAACAGUGUUAUUUAAAGGAUCGUUUUUGCUAACCGAAGAGCGCUUGCUCUUUAUAAUCUGAAUCUCAGAAAGCGAGAAACACUUCAUUUCUUUAGAAAUUCGCUUUAUUUCUUUUAACGCAACCUUCUCUGGGCACCCGACAAAAUCAAUACAAUAUAGAAAAAGGUAUGAAUGUUUGAUAGCAAGUAUAAUCUGGUUUAUAAAACUGAAAACUGAAAAAUCAGAAAAAUCUCAUAUCUAGACAUUGCCGAAAAACCAACUUCAAUAAAGAGAGCAACAACAACAAAAACAUUUGAAAUAAAAAUGAUUUUUUUCACGAUAA